AAAAAAAACAUCGGCCAUAAUAAUAUAUUUCUCGCGGGAGGUUUUUAUCGACAUUGUGACAACUGAAUUCUGUGUCUGGAGGAGGAGGAACUGUAAGAGAAUGAGAUUAAGAAGGUGAUGAUGUUGAUGAUGAUGAUGAUGAUGAUGAUGAUGAUGAUGAUGAUGGUGGUGACAACGGAGGUGAAAUAGCAACAACUAGCCACCACCAGCUCCUCCUCCUCCUCCUCCUUCCUCCUCCUCAACAUAAUAAGCCUUGAAGAGUGAGCAAACCGGUUGGAGGUGUUGGUGUGACGGCGGCGAAUAGUGUGAUGAUAUAGUGUGAUGGCGAAUAGUGAUAGCAAGUCCCCCGCACCACCACCUCCUCCUCGCCUCCUCAGAUCGCCGAGCCGUGAGAGCGUCAGCACUGAACUCUCGCUCUUCUCCAUCAGUAGUGCCGCGUCUGAGAUGUCCCGCGCGGGCUUGAGGGUGGUACUGCCUCCCCACCUGGCCAGAGGACCUUCCCCAACACCUGAGGCAAGACACCGCCUUCAGGUAAGCGCCCAGUUUCCUGCGGGGAGUGGCGGUGGAGGUGGGAGCUCUGCAGGAGAAGGUGGUGGCUCUAACUUGUGGGGGGAGGAAGAGAGUGACCUGAUUCGCUCCUGUGCCGCCCUCAGUACAGCUCUAGGUGUCCACAAGAGCUUCAGUACCUCAGACAUCAGUGGUGUUGGCGCCAGUACGGACGGGGAGCUGAGCCGUACCUGGGUGAGCGAGGGCAACUUUCUUCUGCAGAUCAACGUGUGUGGAGGAGGAGGUCGACUGGAAGGGGUGUUCCUGCCCCGCCUCGACCCCACCUCCCGCUCCUGCUCCACCUGGGUCGCGGUGGGAGACGUGGCCUCCACCUCACAGCUGCCCUCCCCCCAGGCCAGGCCAGGCUCCCUCGAGAGUCCCGCCAUCACCGCCGCAGACUUUAUCAGAUCCGUCAACAAGAAGGUGCGGCAGAACUACAUCAAGCGUCGGUUGGUAACUACCUACAAGGCCCUACAGAGGUUCUCCCAGUCCGAGGUGGACCUUGAGGCUGGAGGAGUAGGCACCGGGGGCGUCAAGAUUGACGGUGGGGGCGUGACCCUGGUAGUCCCGCCGAGGCAGCAGGCAGCUCAAGACGUCUUCAGGAUCAUCAAGAAAGAGGUAGAGCUCCCGGUCACAGCUCCCCCCACCGCCCACGUCGCCUCCGCCCACAACAAGAACCUGAGUCUCACAGCGAGGGACGUGGAGAGGGAUCGAGGUCGACCUUUGACCAAGUACGAGAGGAACAUGAUGAUCUUCAACUGGCUCCAGACGCUUGAGGAAACCGCUUAUGAUAUUAUGUCUUGAAGGAGGAGGAAGAGGGGGUGGGGCGAGAUGCAGGAAGGAGACGAAGAAGAAGAGGAGGAGGAGAAGGCACAGAAGGAGGUGGUGGUAGGGAGAGAAGUGGAAGAAAUGGAUGAUAUUAUGAUGGACUGGUAAUAAAAGAUGAAGAAAUACAAACGAAAAUAAACACAAGAUAAAAACAACAAAAUCAUCAUCAACUAUAAUAAAUAAGGUGAAGGAAAUAUAACGAUAAGACGAAUAAUUAUGAGAAUAAGAAAAAAAAAUAUCAACGAACGAAAGAAAAUCACACACACAAGACACAAACAUUAAACCUGUGUCAGUGUACAGUAUAACCUCUUCCUCCUCCUCCCUCCCCCCUACCCAAACACACGGACACACACACACACACACACACAUACACUUAACAAACAUAAAACACCACAGAAUCAAGCAAUCAAUCAAUCAAUCAAGCAACACCUAUUCGAAACUGGUAUCAAAACUCGAGUGUACGUGUUAACAAUGAGAGAGGUGUCGUAUGAUAGAACUUGAGAAACAAAUUAUAGAAACAAGAAGAAGAGAGAGAGAGAGAGAUGAGAAAUAAGACAUAAUGAACAAUAACAAUAAUAAUAAUAAAUAAACAAAACUGAAUGAGAAAAUGAUCGUUUACAUUACAAAAUCUCACACGUAAAAAAAAAAAAAUUCCCAGAAAUAAAAGUUUACCCUAAUGAUAAACAAAAGAUCGAGAGA